CCGCCAAGCUUAAAAGCGCUGAGCCGCUCCCCAAUGUCGGAUGCCUGGGAGUGCAAGGCGCAGGACCCCUUUGCCAGCAGCGAGGAGCAGGACGAGGUGCCCCAUGGUGGCGUGGGCACGGGGGUGAAGAAGAAACGGAAGAAAAAGGAUCUGGGAGAGCAGGAAGGGGGAGAAAAAGCAGCCGUGGAGGUGAAACCAAAGAGGAGGAGAGAGCCUAAAGAACCAAAAGAGCCUAAAAAGGCUAAGGAGCCCAAGAAGCCGAAGGAGCCCAAGCAGAGGGAGGUGGCCAAGAAGCCCCGGAAACCUCGGGAACCCAAAGCCCCCAAGGAGCCUAAAGACAAGAAGAGCGGCUCUGAGCCUGCCCCCAGAGCAAGACCCAAGAAGAGCAGCAAGGACACCCCUGUGGAGAAGAAGAAGAAAGGGAAGAGGAAAAAUGAGAUACCAGUGGACAGUUUGGAUUUGGAUCAGGAUCUCCUGAGCCCAUCCGUGCAGAGCCCAGAGGAGUCCGCGGAGUCGGCCGACAGCCAGAAACGCCGCUCAGGACGGCAAGUGAAGAGGCGGAAGUAUAAUGAGGACCUGGAUUUCAAGGUGGUGGAUGAUGACGGCGAGACAAUAGCCGUGCUGGGAGCUGGGCGAACCUCCGCGCUCUCCGCCUCUACUCUGGCGUGGCAGGCAGAGGAGCCUCCCGAGGAUGAUGCCAAUAUCAUUGAGAAGAUCCUUGCCUCCAGGAUGGUGCAGAAGGAGGCUCAUCCUGGAGGCCUGGCGUUUGAGAUGGAGGAGUUCUACGUCAAGUACAGGAACUUCUCCUACCUCCACUGUAAGUGGGCAACUCUGGAGGAGCUGGAGAAGGACCCCAGGAUCUCCCAGAAGAUAAAGCGCUUCCGGAACAAGCAGGCUCAGAUGAAGCAUAUUUUUACAGAGCCUGAUGAGGAUUUGUUCAACCCGGACUACGUGGAGGUAGAUCGAAUUCUGGAGGUGGCUCACACAAAGGACCCUGACACUGGGGAGGAGGUGACUCACUACCUGGUGAAGUGGUGCUCGCUGCCCUAUGAGGAGAGCACCUGGGAGCUGGAGGAGGAUGUCGACCCAGGGAAGAUAAAAGAGUUUGAAGCCCUCCAAAUCCCUCCAGAAAUCAAGCACAUGGAGCGCCCGGCAUCUGAGUCCUGGCAGAAACUGGAGAAGUCCCGGGAGUAUAAGAACAGCAACCAGCUGCGGGAGUAUCAGCUGGAGGGAAUGAACUGGCUGCUCUUUAACUGGUACAACAGGAAGAACUGCAUCCUGGCUGAUGAGAUGGGGCUGGGGAAGACAAUCCAGUCAAUCACCUUCCUCUCAGAAAUAUUCCUGAUGGGCAUCCAUGGCCCCUUCCUCAUCAUCGCACCUCUCUCCACCAUCACCAACUGGGAGAGGGAGUUCCGCACCUGGACAGAGAUGAAUGCCAUCGUGUACCACGGCAGCCAGAUCAGCCGGCAGAUGAUCCAGCAGUACGAGAUGGUGUACAGGGACACACAGGGUAACCCUCUCCCUGGGAUCUUCAAGUUCCAGGUGGUUAUCACCACCUUUGAGAUGAUCCUUGCUGACUGCCCGGAGCUGAAGAAGAUCCAGUGGCGCUGUGUGGUCAUUGAUGAGGCACAUCGCCUGAAGAACAGGAACUGCAAACUCCUGGAGGGGCUGAAGCUCAUGGCCCUGGAGCACAAGGUGCUGCUGACAGGGACCCCCCUGCAGAACUCGGUGGAGGAGCUCUUCAGCCUACUGAAUUUCCUGGAGCCGCAGCAGUUCCCCUCAGAGACAGCCUUCCUGGAGGAGUUUGGAGACCUGAAGACAGAGGAGCAGGUGAAGAAGCUGCAGUCCAUCCUGAAGCCCAUGAUGCUGCGACGGCUGAAGGAUGAUGUGGAGAAGAAUCUGGCACCCAAGCAGGAGACCAUCAUUGAGGUGGAGCUGACCAAUAUCCAGAAGAAAUACUACCGGGCCAUCCUGGAGAAGAACUUCUCCUUCCUCUCCAAGGGUGCCAACCAGCACAAUAUGCCCAACCUCAUCAACACUAUGAUGGAGCUGCGGAAGUGCUGCAAUCACCCGUAUCUCAUCAACGGGGCGGAGGAGAAGAUCCUGGAAGACUUCCGUAAAACACACAGCCCAGAGGCGCCAGACUUCCAGCUGCAGGCGAUGAUCCAGGCAGCUGGGAAGCUGGUGCUCAUUGAUAAGCUGCUUCCCAAGCUGAUCGCCGGUGGGCACAAGGUGCUCAUCUUCUCCCAGAUGGUGCGCUGCCUCGACAUCCUGGAAGACUAUCUCAUUCAGAGGCGGUACACCUAUGAGCGCAUCGAUGGGCGGGUGCGCGGGAACCUGCGCCAAGCUGCCAUUGACCGCUUCUGCAAGCCUGACUCCGAUCGCUUCGUCUUUCUCCUGUGCACGCGGGCGGGAGGGCUGGGCAUCAACCUGACCGCUGCCGACACCUGCAUCAUCUUUGAUUCGGACUGGAACCCACAGAAUGACCUCCAGGCUCAAGCUCGCUGCCACCGGAUCGGGCAGAGCAAGGCGGUGAAAGUCUAUCGCCUCAUCACCAGGAACUCCUACGAGCGGGAGAUGUUCGACAAGGCCAGCCUGAAGCUGGGCCUGGAUAAGGCUGUGCUGCAGGACAUCAACCGCAAGGGCAGCACCAACGGGGUUCAGAAGCUCUCAAAGAUGGAGGUGGAGGACCUGCUGCGGAAGGGUGCCUACGGCGCUCUCAUGGACGAGGAGGACGAAGGAUCGAAGUUCUGUGAGGAAGACAUUGAUCAGAUCCUGCAGCGCAGGACACAGACCAUCACGAUCCAGUCUGAGGGGAAGGGCUCCACCUUUGCCAAGGCCAGCUUCGUAGCAUCAGGAAACAGAACUGACAUUUCCUUAGAUGAUCCCAACUUCUGGCAAAAGUGGGCCAAGAUAGCAGAGCUCGAUACAGACGCCAAGAAUGAAAAGGAGAGCCUGGUCAUUGACAGGCCCCGGGUGCGGAAGCAAACAAAACACUACAACUCCUUUGAAGAGGAUGAGCUGAUGGAGUUCUCUGAGCUGGACAGCGACUCGGACGAGCGACCCACGCGCUCGCGGCGCUUCAAUGAGAAGACACGGCGGUACCUGCGGGCUGAGUGCUUCCGUGUGGAGAAGAACCUGCUCAUAUUUGGCUGGGGACGCUGGAAAGAUAUCCUGACCCACGGGCGGUUCAAGUGGCACCUGAACGAGAAGGACAUGGAGAUGAUUUGUCGGGCCUUGCUGGUCUAUUGCGUCAAACACUACAAGGGGGAUGAGAAGAUUAAGAGUUUUAUCUGGGAUCUCAUCACGCCGACGAAGGACGGCCAGAACCAGGCUCUGCAGAAUCACUCAGGCUUGUCGGCACCGGUGCCCAGAGGCCGGAAGGGGAAGAAGACGAAGAACCAGAUGCUGCUUCCCGAGAUAAAGAACGCGGACUGGCUCGCCACCUGCAACCCCGAGGUCGUCCUGCAUGACGACAGCUACAAGAAGCACCUCAAACAGCACUGCAACAAGGUUCUGCUGCGGGUGCGAAUGCUCUACUACCUGAAGGCUGAAGUGCUGGGGGAGGCCGCUGACAAAGCCUUCGAGGGGACCCCUGCCAGGGAGCUGGACGUGCUGCUGCCGGACAUUGACUACGUGGAGAUCCCAGUGGACUGGUGGAAUGCUGGCCUGCUCAUUGGCGUCUUCAAGCACGGUGUGUACCCAGCUUGUCGAGGGACCCAAGUGGAGCACCUGGCCGGAGCUCCGGUACCUGGAGGGGACGUCAUGCCG